UCCUACGUUGGACGAAUCAACGGACCUCAGGAGAUAUCCCUCGAUGACAGAUGCGUUCAUAACGGCAUCAUUCAGCACGAGUUCAUUCAUGUGCUCAACUUCUGGCACGAGCAGAGCCGAAGUGACCGCGACGUCUACGUUAGGAUCAACCUCGAGAACGUCCUGGAUGGAUAUGAGAGGAACUUCAACAAGCGUGAAACAAACAACCUGGAAGUCCCGUACGAUUACUCCUCUGUCAUGCAUUACGGGCCGAAGACCUUCUCCAAGAAUUCAGAAGACACCAUCACUCCCCUCAUGUCCUCGGUGGAAAUCGGCCAGAGGAUCGGCAUGUCUGAAAACGACAUUCUGAAGAUCAACAAGCUCUACGACUGCA